GUCUGAUAGAUACACCUAUACAAAAAUUGUUACGGGUUGCAGCUUUCCCGACGGUAUCCAGCUCACUUCCACUGCAGCUUCCUCCGUCCGUCCGUCUCAACUUAUAUCCGAGCAAAAGAAUGGCAUACCAAGCAAUGAAGCCGACGAAAGCAGGGUUGGAGGAGCCCCAGGAGCAGAUUCAUAAGAUCAGAAUCACUCUCUCCUCCAAGAACGUAAAGAACCUCGAAAAGGUUUGCGGUGAUUUGGUUCGAGGUGCUAAGGACAAAAGACUUAGGGUCAAGGGACCAGUGAGGAUGCCCACCAAAGUUCUUCACAUUACCACUAGGAAGUCUCCCUGUGGAGAAGGUACUAACACUUGGGACAGGUUUGAACUUCGUGUUCACAAGAGGGUUAUUGACCUCUUCAGCUCCCCAGAAGUAGUCAAACAGAUUACGUCAAUUACUAUUGAACCUGGGGUCGAGGUUGAAGUCACCAUUGCCGACUCUUAGUUUGUGUGCCUCCCUGGUGAUAAUGGUAAUUUGGAAUUUCCAUCCCGUACUCCUCACGGGUGUGAAGGUUGUAGCCAGUUUAUAGCAUCAUUCGGUUUUGGAGUUACAUUUUUUAAAUUUCAGCAAAGACUUUCAAUGUUAGGAACUAGAACAAUUUUGUCAAUUUCAAUGCCAAUGUUGAUCAUUUUCCUGCUUUC